UGCAGGAUUAAGGCCACAGUAACUCCUAGCCUUGCAACGCAGCUGGUUGGACACCUUUAACUUAUUCUCCUGCUUCAUUUGGCCUAGUCGUGCCUCAUGACAAUGGCUUUCUCAAAAAAGUAAGGUACAUCUUCUUUAUCAAACCCUUCCACCUUAACUUCCACCUUCUGGAGUAAUUACUGAAUACUGAUAGAAGAAAGGGAAAAAAUGUGUACCUGGUCGCAGAAAGAUAGAUCUUCUGACGUGCAGAAUGCAGCCUUCGACUCGGGCACGUUCCUUUGCAAAUAUAUCAGUCACAACAGUUGCAUUCUUGAACGAGCGGGAACCUCUCCUCAUCAGCAGUGUAAGUCUUAUAAUUGGAAAUCCUCUUUCAUUUGUCUCUCUACCUUUGCCUGCAGGAUUAGCACCACAGUAACUCCUAGCCUUGCAGCGCAACAGUUCGAACAUCUUCAGCUUAUUCUCCUGCCCCAUUUGACUUAUCUCAUGCCUCAUGACAACAGCUUUCUCAAAACAGUAAGGGAGACGCAGAUAGUGCUCUUGAUGGGCUAUGGCAGAAGAAGAAAGCUGAAGUUGGACAACAAUGAGAGUUUUCUGUUCGCUGUUACCAUUCUUAAAAAAAAAAAAAAAAAAAAGAGAGUUUCUAUAUUAUUUUUGUAUUACCAGCAGUUCUUUAUUGUUGUUAAAUUGUUUAAGAUUUGUGUUUAAGAUUCAUUAUCAGGCAAAUGGAACUUGCUUUUUAGUAUUUUAGUGCAGUACUUGAUUUUCUGCUGUUAAAGAAAUAUUUUGGAGAUUGGGAACAAUAUGAGCUGUUUUAAUCAGUUAGCUUUGCUUCAUGAGCCAUUUCUUUUAGUUGCUAAAUACUUGGCAACAAACUUGUGUUCUCUGGAACUGGCCCUAUGCUUUCUUUUUUGUGUUUUUAUUGUAUGCCCUCUUUUAUUUUUAAUGAUGACUCUGUCUGAGACAGCUUUUGUGCAUCUCUACUAUUUCGUUGGGUAUUUGCUACUUCCCAUCAGCAUAGGUACUUGGUAACUCUUA